AUGUAUUCUAACAACACCAUCCAAGGCCGCCGAGACGAGCCAGUGCCCAUCACCCAGCUCUGGAGCGAUGAGGUGACCAACGUCCUUAUUGUGGGGUUGAUAAUGAAAGAGGAGAGCCCCGCUGCGGAUAUCGUGAACCGUGACCUUGGGGAGGACAUCUCCGUUUCCUCAGCAGCAGGAAGGGCCCAGCUCACCUGCCCCCUGGCAUCACCAAUGUAUAUACGCUUCUGGUUGGGCGCUAUCGCUGAUGCUGUGAUUUCAGAGGUGCUGAUAUCCUUCACAGUGCGCAAAGGUCUCCCUGUCAGUAUGAACGAGGAUGCCAAUGUACCAGUGGCAGCGGACCAGAAGCGCAAGUUCCGGCCCGAAAGGGUUAUAAAGCUCGUGAGCUUCCUGCAGUACUCCACCUUGGCCACCUGCAGGAAGUCUCGAGCCAAGGUGGUGGGGUCCGAGCAGUACCGACAGCUAGUCUCUGAUAUCCGGGUAAAGGAUGCGGUGAUACAGGUUGCUGCUACCGAGGGUUUAGGCAAGUGA